CGCCCGUUGUUACGGGGUAAGUGCUGAAAUUCAAAGCAUAAUGAUAUAAAAAAACUUUUUUUCUUGUGUUAACCCGUUUGUAGUUAGUAGUGUUCUUGAGUGAUGCUUCGGGGUGUUCGGAGUGUUGCCUUGUCCUCAGUGAGCUGACCCCACGCAUCGCUACUUUGAGGCUUGAUGUGGGGAAGUUUGGUGAGCGACCUCAGCGUUUGACAAGGGAGGCUAUGAGGAAUUACUUGAAGGACAAAAAUGAUCAAACUGUGAUCAUACUACAUGCAAAAGUUGCACAAAAGUCCUACGGCAAUGAAAAAAGGUUUUUCUGCCCUCCACCAUGUGUGUACCUGAUGGGAAGUGGCUGGAAGAAAAAGUUGGAGAAUAUGGCGAAGGAGGGGUGCACGGAGCAGGAGUCCCAGCCAUGUGCAUUCAUCGGGAUAGGCAACAGCGAGCAGGAGAUGCAGCAACUCAAUCUGGAGGGAAAGCACUUCUGCACAGCUAAGACUCUGUACAUCAGUGACUCGGACAAAAGGAAACACUUCAUGCUGUCUGUGAAGAUGUUGUACGGGAACAGCGACAACAUAGGAGUCUUCCUCAGCAAGAGGAUCAAGGUCAUCUCCAAGCCCUCCAAGAAGAAACAGUCCUUGAAAAAUGCAGAUUUGUGUAUAGCUUCAGGGACUAAGGUGGCGUUGUUUAACCGCCUGCGUUCCCAGACAGUCAGUACCAGGUAUCUUCAUGUGGAGGGGGGGAACUUUCUCGCCAGCUCCCAGCAGUGGGGAGCCUUCUUCAUCCACCUCUUGGACGAGGAGGAGUCUGAGGGAGAGGAGUUUGCUGUGAGAGACGGCUAUAUUCACUAUGGCCAGACAGUCAAACUGGUCUGUUCUGUCACUGGCAUGGCCCUGCCGAGACUGGUCAUUCGUAAAGUAGACAAGCAGACUGCAUUAAUGGACGCAGAUGACCCGGUGUCCCAGCUUCACAAGUGUGCCUUCUACCUGAAAGAUACAGACAAAAUGUAUCUCUGUCUCUCGCAGGAGAGGAUCAUCCAGUUUCAGGCCACACAGUGCUCCAAAGAGACGAACAAGGAGAAUGUAAACGAUGGGGCUUCCUGGACUAUCAUUAGCACUGACAAGGCAGAGUACACCUUUUACGAGGGAAUGGGACCGGUCCCAACACCGGUCACACCUGUCCCUGUGGUGGAGACUUUGCAGUUAAACGGGGGAGGAGAUGUGGCGAUGUUGGAGCUGACCGGACAGAACUUCACCCCCAAGCUCAGAGUGUGGUUUGGAGAUGUGGAGGCUGACACCAUGUACAGAUGUGGAGAGAGCGUCCUGUGUGUGGUGCCGGACAUUUCUGCCUUCAGGGAGGGCUGGCGCUGGGUGAGACAGCCGGUACAAGUCCCUGUCACACUAGUCCGCAACGAUGGAGUCAUCUACUCCACCGCCCUCACCUUCACCUACACCCCUGAGCCUGGGCCCAGACCCCACUGCGGUGCUGCUGGGGCCAUUCUGCGGACACAUAGCACCUCUUCAUCAUCACCAGCAUCUUCAUCUUCCCCUUCAUCCUCGUUGGGGGGGCUCGGGGACGGCCAUGGGGCUUACAACAGUAGUGACUCAGGCAUUUCGUCAGGGGCGUCCACCAUGUCGCUACUGUCAUAGUCAAUCUGUCUGUGCUUUGAACGGCUGAGAGAGAACGUGUGCAUAUGCUUUUGAGCCAGACAAGCUCAUGGACCUGUGAAGAAAUGCACACAGACUCACAAACUCUUCAUCAGAGAGCAACUGUGAUCAUCGGGAAUGCUAAAGAAAAGUUGGAUAAAAAAAGCAAGGACAAAGAGAAGACUGAAUUCUCUCUUUAGCUCCCUCUACUGGUUUGUUUUGGACAUUUCAAAAGCGACACUUAAAGGACCUCGAUAUUCAAGAUGUUCAGCUAAGAGAAGGAAAAUGCCCCAUGUAACGCUCACAACAACCGGAUUUGUACAAGAAACAAUAAUUUAGUUUUUUUUUUACGCCUGUGGGAAGCUGUUUCAUCUGUGCUCUCUUUCUACUGAGAUCACGUUUUUGCUGAACAGGUCUUGUUGAUUCAUCUGCUGUGUGCAAAGGAAACAUUUGUUGUAAGAGUAACAUAGUUUUUACGGACCAAGGAAUAUUAUAUUAUUUUAUUCAUAUUAUAUUUUAUAAGCUUUUGCCGAGGUACAUUUGACUUUUUUUAUUUUAUGAUACUGCAUAGUAAGUUCACUUUUGUUACCAAAUAGAUAUUUUUUCAUGUUGACUCCUUUUUGAGUUUUAUCUAAAUCUUUAGGUCACUAAGUUCAAAAACCUUCCCCAACUUUUUAUAACAGAUGUCAUUUUUGAUAAGUAGUGUAUGUAAGUCAGUGUAUUCUGGGAAACCUGUGCUUCCAAUCUGCGUGCUGUUUUUGUAUCAGAGUGCUUCAACUCGAGUCUAAACAUAAUCAGUUCUCUUUCUAUUAUAGCUAUCACACAGCAGUACGUCUUCAUGUACAGUUGAGAAUCCUUUGAACAAAGUACAGAGUUUACGUUAAGUCAAAGAACAAAGAAAAGAGGUCAAAAGUAUUAUCUCACUAGUCAUGUUACAGAUGUAUUUCUUCGCAUCGGCCCGCCCUUACAUUUUCUUUUGAGUUUGUGCUUAAGGCCCGGACACACCAAGCAGUCACCAGAGAACUUGCCGAUGCCGACUGUUGCGUCGCCGUGUUCUCCUGCGUCUUGGCCAUGUGUGGCCAAGACUUCAGCCGAGCACGUACGAACUUCAACAUGUUGAAUCGGCCAUGCGUCAGCCAUGAAAGGCCAAAUAAGGCGUGUCACGGCCGACGGUGCGGGACACACCAAAUUGAGUUUGGGCGACAGGGCACGCUUCGUCGUCCGACUAACGAAAACGGCCGAUUUCGGCCUGGCCUUUAUGUGUUGGAAGAAGAGCUUUAACAUUGUUGCUUGGUAUCCCUGUCUUCACACAUGCACCAAACGUAGCCAUUGCACUUCGUUGAACCUGGUUUUGUGAAAUAUGGCAUCUGACUGCAAAAGCACUAAAACUCAAUUUAAUACCAUCAGAAUUGGUUGAGUUUUUGGAAAUGACAUGAACAGAGUUAAAAACCUAUCUUGUUCAGUCGGUUGAAUACAAAAUGACUUUGAACUGACUUACUGAAGUACUUAGGAAUGAUGAGAUGCCCUUGCCUUAAAAAAAAACCUACCUACACAAUUUGUUUUGCCUAAAGUUCUCACACAAAACCCUGAUUUGUAUCGGGCUUUUUUGUCAUACUGUUCCAAAAUUCAAGUAAAGUUGAAGUACAUUUGGAAGGUUGACCAGCUCACUGUCAGUUUUCGUGACACAGCUGUAGCUCUUUGCAUGUUGUUUUAAGCUUGCCUAAGAAGUACAUUUAUGGUUGUACAACAAACUCCUUUGUUGUACCAUCAAGUCCCAGCUGAACACAAAUCUCCAUUUAUUUUCGUGCUCUCUCUAAACAACAGUCAGCUUGAUGGACCAUCUCUUGCUUCAGUUACAUCACAAACUUGUUUAUUCUUUUAUUGCAAUGUGGUCACACUUGAUACAAUCUCUGCUCAUUCCAAAUGAUUGAAUCUUUGGUCACCGGAUCCUUGUUCGUUUUCCCCCUACUGUGCCUUAUGCUAAUGUUUCUGGCAGUCAAGUCUCCAUGUUCUAUCUACAAGGCCAGGUGUGAUGUAAGUCAGUCCUGGCAUAAGGUCAACUGUGAACUAGCAUGGUAAAUCAACAGUAACAUGUUACACUGGCAGCUUUAUGAGUAUUUCCAUGGCUUUUUCGUUUAUUGAAUAAGUGUCUUUACUCUAAUCCUUCUUUUGAUGUCCACUGCUCUUUCCCUAUAUGAUCAUCCCACCAUAGUUUUAGUCUGGCGUGUUAGUCUUUCAUAAGUAAAUCAAUCUGGCAAGGUUUCUUAGUAAAAGGUCAUGAAUAAAAACAAGCUGAAGCUGAAUAUCA